AACCACCUCCUCCUCCUCCUCCUCCUCCAUCAUCAUCCACCAUCAACACCAUCCUCCUCAUCAUGCUCCCCGGCUCCGCUCUGCUCCUCCUCCUCGUCCUCAGCGCCGCCUCAGGCUUCGAGCUGCUGCCGGAGGAGGCCGCUCCUCGACGGGCACGAUUCUCCGCGAACAGCCCGAGUGACGUAGCCAGAUGUCUGGGCGAUGCUGUGGCCGUGGGCUGUGGAUUCUUCUCAUGUUUGGAAAACUCAACCUGCGACACCGAUGGGAUGCAUGAACUCUGCGAACUGUUCCUCCACUCGGCCGCCAGCUUCAACACUGAGGGGAAAACCUUUGUCAAGAAGAGUCUGCACUGCAUCUCCCAGGGAAUCUCCAACAAAGUCUUCCAGACCAUCCGCCGCUGCAACAUCUUCCAGAGGAUGAUCGCUGAGGUUCAGGAGGAGUGUUACACCAACCUCGACAUCUGCACCGUGGCUCGGACCAACCCGGACGCCUUCGGAGACGUGGUGCAGGUGCCAGCUCACUUCCCCAACAGGUACUACAGCACUCUGCUGCAGACCCUCCAGGCCUGCGAUGAGCAGACGGUGGCGGCGGUGAGGGCCGGAGUCAUCGCCCGGCUCGGCCCGGACAUGGAGACCUUCCUCCAGCUGGUCCAGAACAAACCCUGCACCGGCGGCUCCGGCUCGGCCGCCUACAACAACCCGUCCAGCUGGAGGAACAUGCCCGUGUUCAACGUCCAGCCCGGCUUCAGGGGCCGGGACCCCACCCACCUGUUCGCCAGGAAGAGAUCCGUGGACAACCUGGAGCGGGAGGGAGGGGCUAAAGACGAGGAGUAGAUGCGCUUCAGCCACACGCACGGAGGUUUAUCACUGAUUCGGAUGAAUAUUUAUUUUGAGGUUAAUUUAUGAGGCUGCGGAGGUGAGACGGCGCCCCACGCUGGCCGUGGAGCUCUCUGCCUCCGCUCUGCUGGUCUGGGAUCACUUUAACUUAUACGAAUGUUUAAUAGAUGUUGAAUAGACCAGAAAUGUGGGCGCGGGCUGGUUUUGGGUGUUAGAAAUAAAAGACGUGAUGAAACGA